AGGGCAGAAGUGGAGGGGGCGCUCGCGGAGAGGGAGAGAGGCUGCCCGACCUCUGGACCUGCGGAAAAGACGGUGGAGGAGCGGAACCCCGCACGCUUCCCCAGGCAGACCAAGAACAAGGUCCAAGAAGACUACGAAACAUGACUUCUGAUGCUAGCCACAUGCUUGAAGCUGCUCUAGAACAAAUGGAUGAUAUCAUUGCAGGUACCAAAGCAGCUGCAGAAUAUACCAAUGGUGUCUAUGACAUGGUGUCACCUGCUCAAUCAGUGUAUUUUGGCACACUUCAAAUCCUGCAUCUCUUGGAAGAUUUGAAGUUAGCAUUGGAAACGCUCAAGGAUCCUCAAGAGAAAGAAGCUUUGUGGAACCAAGUGCCGGGGGCUACAGCAGCUUGCAUACAUGACUGGCUGGAGGAACAUCUGUCCCAGGUGAAUCACCAUACUUCUACCAGUAAUGAGACUUAUCAAGAACGUCUGGCAAGAUUAGAAGGGGAUAAAAAAUCUCUCAUAUUGCAGGUGAGUGUCCUCACAGACCAAGUUGAAGCCCAAGGAGAAAAAAUCCGAGACUUAGAAGUUUGCCUUGAAGGACACCAGCUAAAGCUUAAUGCUACAGAAGAGAUGCUUCAACAGGAACUGUUAAGUCGGACAUUGCUAGAAACCCAGAAAUUGGAUCUAAUGGCAGAAGUUUCAGAUCUAAAGAUCAAGCUGGUUGGAGUGGAGAAGGAACAAAGCGAGUAUGAACAGAAGCAGAACAAAGCUGAGAAUUUGUUACAGGAACUCAAACACCUGAAAAUUAAGGUUGAAGAGCUAGAAAACGAAAGGACUCAAUAUGAAUGGAAACUGAAAGCAACUAAAGCUGAAAUAGCACAGCUUCAAGAACAGUUAGCUCUAAAAGACUCAGAAAUUGAACGAUUACAGAGUCAAAUCUCGAGGACAUCAGCAAAUAAUGAAAUUGCAGAAAGAGAGGAAGUUUAUAAGAAAAGGCUAAAAGAAAAACAUCAAGAGGUCCAGCGUUUGAAAGUAGGCAUGGAAUCAUUAUUAGCUGCAAAUCAGGAAAAGGACCGUCGCAUAGAAGAGUUAACAGUUUUGCUAAGCCAGUACCGAAGGUUGAAGGAGAUAAUGAUAGCAGUCCAAGGAACUUCAGAAAGAGGUUUGUCUAGUAGUGGUGAAGAUGAUUUUGAAGCAACCUUAAGAAAAUGGAACCUCAUGCAUGCGCCCCAAAUAGAAUAUAAACCAGAGAUACCUCAAGGGGAGUUGGUCCCAUCUAUGUUGCUUCCUACACCACAAAAAAUACUGGAAAUUAGGGGAAGCUCUCCAGUUCCUUCAAAUAAACUAUGUUUGACAAAUGGGGAAAGCCUGGAAUUUCAAAAUAGGAUGUCUCAGAAAAAAAUAUCAAGUAGUCUAGAAGACUUGCAAAGUGAAUCCCUGGAAAAGCAUGUUGAUGGGAAACCAGUAGAACGUGAUCUAGAAGAAGAGAAUAAAUCUCAUGUGAAAAGCAGCAAGUACCAAACCUUGCCAGGGAAACUUCCUCGACCAGCACACAAUGGUGAUAACCGUCUGUACAAUACACCUGCUACUCCGUGUUGUAUAAAUGGCAAUGAGGACAAUGGCAUACAGAGCCUGAGGGCCCCUGACAGUAUGGACAGCACAACUCCAGAGGAACUUUCACCCUUGUCAUCUGGAACAGAUUCAGGUGCACAAUCCCCAUUAUCUCCAGACAAUAAAAGAAGUCCAAAAGGAAUAAAGAAAAUAUGGGGAAAAAUACGUCGGACUCAAUCUGGAAAUUUCCCUGGAGAUGAUCUGGGCUUGGUUGAAUUUCGAAGAGGUGGCCUCCGUGCAACAGCUGGACCUCGAUUGUCACGGUCAAAGGACACCAAGGGACAAAAGAGUGAUCAUAAUGCCCCGUUUGCUCAAUGGGGCACUGAACGCAUUUGCAACUGGCUUGAGGACUUUGGCCUUGGUCAGUAUGUCAUUUUUGCACGACAGUGGGUAACAUCUGGCCAUACGCUUCUGACAGCAACACCACAGGAUAUGGAAAAGGAAUUAGGAAUUAAGCAUCCUUUACACAGGAAGAAAUUGGUUUUGGCAGUCAAAGCUAUAAAUACAAAACAAGAUGAUAAGUCUGCACAGUUAGAUCAUAUCUGGGUCACACGAUGGCUUGAUGAUAUAGGUUUACCUCAGUAUAAAGAUCAGUUCCAUGAAUCACGAGUUGAUGGCAGAAUGCUGCAAUAUCUAACUGUGAAUGACCUCCUCUUCCUCAAAGUUACAAGCCAGCUGCAUCACCUCAGCAUUAAAUGUGCCAUUCACGUGCUACACAUGAACAAUUUCAACCCACACUGCUUACGUAGGAGACCAGCAGACGAGAAUAACAUUUCACCAUCAGAAGUAGUUCAAUGGUCCAAUCACAGAGUGAUGGAAUGGCUCAGAUCAGUAGAUCUGGCAGAAUAUGCACCGAACCUUCGAGGAAGUGGCGUUCAUGGUGGAUUCAUUAUCCUGGAGUCUCGCUUCAACGGAGAUACUCUGGCGAUGCUCCUCAACAUUCCGCCUCAAAAGACGCUGCUAAGACGCCACCUAACCACAAAUUUCAAUGUGCUAAUUGGGCCAGAGGCUCAGCAAGAUAAAAGGGAAGUCAUGGAAUCUACAGCUUAUACGGCUCUCACUACCACUGCGAAAGUCCGGCCAAAGAAACUUGGAUUUUCACAUUUUGGAAACUUAAGAAAAAAGAAGUUUGAUGAAUCUACGGAUUAUAUUUGCCCUAUGGAUACAAGUACAACCAAUGGUACUCAGAAGAGCUACAGUGCAUACAAAGUGCAUAAUGUACUCCCUGACAAAGAAUUAGACAAACUGGAUCAGGUGGGCCAGGUGGACUGAUACACUCACCUUUCAUCCUCUUGAUACAUUCGGAGCUUACAGAUAACCUUUUCUUAUAAUUUAACUAAAAUACAUAAUGCAUCUGCAUGUCUUUAAUGAAUGUAUUGGGAGGAAGCUUGAAGAACCUUUAAAAUAUCACUGGGAUUUUUUUCCCCCCAUUUGCAACUGAUGCAUCCUACUCAUCUUCUCAAGCCCUUUUUCAGGAAAAGAAAAAGCUUUACACAGCAGGUGUAGCUGAUAUUCCAAGCACCUAAAAGCUAUAAUUGAGCAUGGGUGCUCUCUGCACUGCUGUUGCAGGACAGAGCUUUUUGUAUUUCAUUUAUAAUGCCCAGCGAUAAUUUUUAACAUUUUGUAUUAGCUUUUUCACGUCCACAGUGGUAAGGAUGACCUAUUUUAUUCUUGACAGCACAGCUGGAUUGUAUAUAUUUAUUAAAAUAUGCUCUUUUAAUUGUGCAGUGUCUGCACCAUAGUGAAUGCAUACGAUAGAACAUCAAAAAUAGAGGCCUAAUGAUGGAUCUUUUUAAAAAAAAAAACAAUCUGAGAAUACAAUUACAUCCAGAAAGCAAUAAAAAUAUUUACUUGGGAAAAUGUCUAA